AAAAAAGGCAAAUAGAGUAAGACGCAAAAUCUGCCUGUUGCCAUGGAGGGACGUUCGAGCCGGCCAAGUAUUGAAGAAGUUAUUUGAAGUACUGCAUCCAAAGGGCGUUUAUCAAGAUUGACGCUCGCACAGAGCAGGGCUGAGAAUAUUCCGUCUGAGAUCAGCUCUGCGGUGUCUAUGGCCGCCAAAGCAAAGGAAGGGGAGGCGCUUGCCCACCGAAGCGACGGGAGCUGUCCAGAGAAAGAUAUGGUGACGGACGUGGUGGCCAAGAAGAAACGAGGCCGUGGAAAAGACAGGCAGGUCGGCAUGGUAGUGGAGUCUACCCCCCCUCCCCCCCGGACCUUGCUGACUCGAUGCACCCAUGCCUGGAGGAGGAUGUACGAUCCGGACAUGCGCGAGCGGAUACGCGCCCAUUUCGGUCAAAGCCUGGGGGACCUGCCGGGAGAUCCCGUGUGCAAGCCUUUUCACUGGUCGUUCCUUUUGACGGCCCUGUGGUCCUCCCUAAUUCUAACCGCGGCCGUGGUCGCCAGUGCCCACAUUGUCCUAUCCGGGGGGGUCGUCCUCCUCUGGUUCCUCACGCCUGCCUCCACCCUCCUCCUCUGCAUCCAAGCCCGGGCCUGCUGGCCCUACACGUUCACCGCCAUCGUCGGCGUGGAACUGACCGCGGUCUGUCUCGGACACGGGCGUAUCUCCCGAGACAGCUUGGCCGCCUUCAUCAUCAUCGUGGUGGACCUGCUCAACAUCUCCCUGGGCACGCUUCUGCUUCGACCGUUGGUGGCAGGGAGCAUCCACAUCGUCCGGACGUCCACCUUUGUGCGAUACCUGGUGCUCUACGUCCUCCUCAUCACCCCCGCCUUCUCCCUGGUUAACGGGGGUAUCAUCGUCCUCCUCCCCUCCAACAACAUCACCUGGAUGGGGGGGCGGCAGCUGGUGGUCGCCUGGCUCUUGGGUGAUUUCUUCGCCACCUAUUUUACCGUCUACGCGGUGCUCGUCUUCCGGUACACGAUCGCGCAGGCCACUAAGGACACCUACCGAUGGAGGGACCUGGCCGUGUACCUGCAGGCUCGGCUCCGUGCCGGGGGGAUCUGGUUGUACCUACGUGUGGUGGAGUAUGCGGGCGUGCUGGUCGUCACCUACAUGGUGGCGCACGCCGUGGCCACCUCCUCCACGUCCCCACGGGAUCACUUGGGGCCCCGGAUCGUCUCCCGGUUGAUGAUCCCCCUGCUCGGCUUCGUCACCUUCCGUUUCGGCCAGUUCGGCUCAUGCGUGGCCCUGAUCGUGGCCGCGGCGGGGAUCUUUACCGUCACCUAUGGCCAGCUGGACAGGGGGGACCGGCUCACGGACAUUUUCUACCAGAUCGACCUCCUCCUGGGCCCGAUCGUCGUGGUUUUGAUCACCUGGAGCAUGACCUUUCUGGCCGUGGCGCUGGCGGAGAAGCAGGAUGGCUUGAGUUUGUUGGAGAAAAGAAAUUUCCAGCUUUUGGUGCAGGGCAGGGAGCUCCAGCAGGCCAAACUGGAGGCGCAGCGGGCCCUCAGCGCCAAGACCGAAUUCUUCGCCCGGGUAUCAUACGAGUUUCGGACGCCUCUCAACAUCAUUCUGGGAUUUGCCGAGGAAAUCAAACGCCAAGACCUGCCCCCCUACGUGCAAGAACGCAUCGGUUACAUCAUUACGAGUGGCGAGAGUCUUCUCAGGAUUGUGGACGACAUCCUGGAGCUGUUCCGCCUCUCUUCCCAACGGCUGCAGAUCGACGAAUCCCUGGUCGACAUUCACGCGUACUUCAUCACCAUGUGCGACCUCGUCCAAGUCAUUACCGACAAGAGUCCAGCGCCGGCUGGAACGGGUUCAGGAUCCCUCGCUCCCACGUUGGUCAUGAAUUUGUCGAGCAAUGCCGCCAAAUCGACCGGGACAGGGGGAAGGAUUGUGCUCCGGCUCCGGCAGGUGAAAGGAAGGGGGAAAAAAGGUGGCAAAGGCGUAUUAAUGAACUCCAGAGAGGCCAGGGAGGCGAGGGGGAGGGAGGAACGGGAAGGGAAAGGGGUCCUAGAGGUGGAGGAGAAAGGCGUGCGUGUGGACAAGCAUGGGGGGGCUGGCGGCGGGAAGGAGCCCGGGGAGGUGCCGGGGGAGGAAAGGAUCGGAAAUGAUGCAGUGCGUCACAAGAAGGGUCCAGGCAACGAGAAAACCAGCCCUAAGAUAGGGUCCCCCAAGAAGGAGAAGAGGGUGGCUGAGGGCAAGGGUAUAGGGAAGAGUGGGAGGCGACGGAGUCAUCGUGUGAUAUGGCUUCGUUUAGAAGUGGAGGACGACGGGAUCGGGAUUCCCAAGAGCACGCAAAACCAGAUUUUCAACUGCUUCUACUCCGGUAAUCAGCUGUCGGGGGGGGAGAAAGGCCAUGGGUUAGGGCUGGCGAUCACCAAGGAGCUGGUGGAUCUGAUGAAGGGCUCCAUCGAGGUCGUGAGUGAGGUGGGGGUGGGCAGCCUGUUCACGGUGGAUCUACCUGUCAAGGUCUUGGAGGAGGAGGAGGGGAAACACAGCGCACAGAACGGGCGACAACUGCGGAGGAGGCCUCGGGCUAAGCGGGCCGGGUCGCCGGCGGGGACGACGCAGGGUCCCGAGGGCAAUGGCCAGGACCCCGCCGGCGUGCGACCUCCUGCCCGUGCCUCGACCCGGCCCCUGGACCCAGCGCGGGCGACAGAUCCUGACAGGGACACUCCACCAGCGCUCUCGUCUCCCGCACCCACUUUGCUUGAGGGCGACUUGAGAACCAGCGCGGUGGGAGUUUCCCCUCUGAUGGAGGCGCCUUCUCCUUUCCAACAGCCCCUGCAUCGAAACCGACGGUUACACGGUCUGAGGAUCAUGGCUGUGGAAGACUUGUUGCCCAACCAAAUGGUCCUGGGGGGAAUGCUUCGAGAAGACUCCCAUUCGGUUCAAUUCGUAGAAACUGCUUUUGGGGCCCUGGAGAUGCUUUCACGACAUCCCGGUCAUUUCGACGUGGCCCUGCUCGAUAUUGAACUCCCCGAUGCGCAUGGAGUCACAGUGUUGACUCGCAUACGCUCUCAUCCUUCUCCCCGCAUUGCGGGCAUGCCUGUGGUCGUCGUAACGGCCGUGGCCAUGGAUGGAGAGCGCAACCGGUGUUACCGGCACGGCGCCGAUGAUUUCGUGACUAAACCCAUCCGACUUGGAACAUUACGCGCCUCUUUGCUUGCAUUGUACAAAAGGGGACGCAUUAAGCCAAGAGAGGGGAUCAAGGUGGUAGAAGACGGGAAGGAGGACAAUGCUUAAAGAAUUCAUUGCAGGGAGUCCCGUCUGGAAAAAAAAAUUUGCAUGGUUUGAUGGUAAACAUGACGUGUACAAUGAGAAGAAAGAAAUAUGUCACAAAUAUCUUUGGAAGGAUAGGUAUGC